UUUCAGUUUCAUUUCACUCCACUCUUCCUCUCUGUGGCAGUCAGGCCAAGUGCAUCCUGACCAUAUCUGUGUCUGACCUGUCUUCACUCUUCCCCAAGGAGUCACAACAUUUCCUUGUUCUCUAAAGGUCUGUUGAGAGUUUCCGGAACAAAGAGUUUGAAAACUUCAGAGGAAAAACUGAUUUGGAUCUGUGAGCAAGAGACUCAAGCCAGGAUAGCGAGCAGCAGGUGCAACAGCUAUGGCAUCAAACAUCUUAGUGAGCAUCCAGGAGGAGGUGACCUGCCCCAUCUGCCUGGACCUCUUGAAAGAGCCCCUAAGCCUAGACUGUGGCCACAGCUUCUGCCGAGCCUGCAUCACUGCAAACAACAAGGAGUCCGCGGCAACCCAGGAAGAGAAGAGCAGCUGCCCUGUGUGCAGAAUCAGUUACGAGCCUGGGCACCUGCGGCCUAAUCGGCAUCUGGCCAACAUAGCGGAGCAGCUCAGAGGAGUCAAGAUGAGCCCAGAGGGGGAGCAGAAGAAAGAGCUCUGUGUGCGCCAUGGAGAGAAACUCCUGCUCUUCUGUAAGCAGGAUUGGCAAGUCAUUUGCUGGCUUUGUGAGAUGUCUCAGGAGCACCGCAGUCACCAGACCUUCCUCAUUGAGGAGAUUGCCCAGGAGUACCAGGAUGUGACUGACAUCUUAUGAAGGUGUUGGGAUUUCACUCUGAAGAAGCCAAAAACUUUCC